GUUCUUGUCAUCGUUUAGUUGCUAAGAAUAAUUCGUUUACAGUUUAAAGUGUCUUUUCUAACUACGUAAACUGGUCGCAAGGAGUUUUCAGGAGUCGACGCAGGCAAGGCAAGCGGCCAAGCAUGUCCUAAUAGAUCUAACGACAACAUUGAACCUUACAGCAAAAGGACACGGACGAAUGGAACAUGCCAAUAUGCCAAGGGCACGUGACUGGGGUGCAUCCAUAUCAUGUGAAAUCCUUCAGGGAAUAGCCAAGCACACAGGCACAGAGAGCUGGGCGACGCUUCGCUGCGUGUGUCAAAAUUGGAGCCGCGGAAUUGGCCUCGCAGUUAAGACCGUUCGGCUCACCAUUCCAGACGGCAACACAGUCCUCGCAGCCCAACAAAAUGCCACCCAGCUGGCCCCGCCGGCCCUCGGCACCCAUUUGCCAGUUCGCAAGACUGCCGCUGUUGGCCGUGCGAAUGGCCGCGUGGCAAACGCCGUAACCACUGCCGUAUACGAUAGUCAGGUGCCGGCCACAGCAGCAGCAGCUGUGAUGAAGGAGGAGCUCGCGCCGUGCCCCAGCCAUAGCCACCUGGCAGUACGGCAGAAGCGCGAGCAGCGGCCCUCUCAUCGCUCUCCACGGCGGCGUCGCCGCCACAAGCAGCAGCAGCAAAGGAAGCAGCGUCAAGAACUAUUUCCAAAGCAGAGUUACCUGCAGCCAGCAACAAACGCGGAUGGUCACGGAUACGAUGUCUCCAGUGAGCCUCCGCACCGACGCACGUUUGGUACCAGCCAAGCAGGGUUGGUGGAAGGCUCAGAAGCCAAACGACCACUCACAAAUAUCGCAGAAGCUGCAGCUGCUGCAGCAACAGCGCCUGCAGCGGCAGCCGCAGCCACGAAAGCAGCUGCAGCCGCUGCCGCUGCUGCACCAGCCCAGGAGCCAUGCCUGGAUGCCUCAACCGCAGGCAGGAACCCGCAACUGCAGCAGCCAAGCCUGGAGCACCUGGCUUGGGUCUACAAGUUGCAACGGCAUGCUGUGUUUGAGGCCGCAGCGGCCGCUGCCGACGCCGCCGCAGCGGUUGAUACACCCGCACCCGCAGGAGCAGCGGACACAGCUGCAGCUGCUAACACGGACAAGGCCGCUGCAACGGGCCGGGCAACGUUACCAGCAACAGCAUCUGAGGCAGACAUUGCACAGGCGCAUGCGAUACCGGCCGCCAGCGACUCCCAUGCAGCCGGCGGUGUGGCUAGCUCGGUGGGAAGCAGCCGCAUGCUGGCAUGGGGCUUUCUGGAGGCCGCAGACAGGCUGGGUGCUGCAUUUCCGGCCUACGAAAACCUCACACUAGGGUUUUCGGAGCCGCUGCCACUGGCCGCGCUUGCUGGUGCGGGUGCUGCUGGGGUUGCAGGUGCUGCUGAUGGUGUGGUAGGAGGGGCCUGUGGUGGCAGGUUGCUGCAGCAUGAGGUGCUCUCCGCGCUGCGUCAGCUGCUCAGCGAGCGGCUGCAGUCGCUCACCCUAUCCGGCUACACGCCCUAUCCGCUCCUGAUGACCUCGCCGGCCCAGCCUCCGCCACCACCACUGCCGAUAUCGGCGCUGCCUACACAGCAGCAAGGUAAACAGCAGUGCCCGACACCGCAGCACUACGCCGGCGCUGCUCGUGCGGCUUCCGAGCGCUGCGGCCGCCCUCCCGCAUGGGUGCCGCUGUCCGAGGAAGAGGCGCCGUACACCGUGGCAGACGCGAUGAAGGCGGUGGAAGCGGAAGCACGACGCGGGCUAUCAGGAGAAGAGCGCCCAGGUCCCAGAAAGCCCCCCAGCAGCCCGGCCCCGGCGGCGGCCGCUACUGCCGGCACCAACAGCGGCAUCGACAACAACGGCAACAGCAAUAGCAGCCAAGCUAACAGAGGCUCAUCCCAGAGGAGUGAUCCUCCGUUCCGACAGUCCAGUGAGUCAAGUCAUCUGGACGCCUUUCCUUUGCCAGCAGAAGAUAACCGAGACAGCAGCCCCGUUGUUGUUGAAAACAGCAGCAAUAACGGGGCAUCUGCUGGCGACGACGCCUACCUCCAGCAGGACAGAGGGGCUACCCUUGCUCAUGGCGGCGGCGGCGGCGAUUCCAUGGACGUUGACGUUUGCGAUGCAGCUACCGUCAUACCCGUCGUCGGUGCUUGCCAUGAAGUUCAUGAAACCAGCGAUCCGCACAGUUUGCCAGGCGUCAAUGACUCUGAUGACAGGCCGGUUGCUAAGGGAAGAACCAGCAGCGGGGGCCCUGAAGCAGAGCGCCGUCACGCCUCUACCGCCUCCGCAGCAGCAGCCCCGGCAUCCGUGUCGCCUCCUCCAUCCUCCUGCUUUCCACAUCCGCCGCCUCUUCCUCAUUCUCCUGCCGUGGGCCCUGCUGUCGCCGCCGCCGCCGCCAGCGCUGUCCCUCCAGCCCCUCCCACUUCCGCUCCUGCUCCAGCACCUUUUCCUCCUCCUCCCCUUCCUCCCUCCCAACCGCUGCUGUGCGGUCUGACCCAACUGGUGUCCCUGACGCUCUCAUGCGACCGAGGCUUCCCCGCUCCGCAGCACCUGGCCGCCCUCGCAGCGCUGCCCCGGCUGCAGCAGCUAGACAUGCGGGGAGCCAAGUUCAUGCAGCAGGAGGACCCCUCCGCCUGCCUGCUGGCUCGCCACACCUGGCAGCGGCUGGGCGGAGAGCACCUGGCCUGCCUGGCGCGCUGCACCGCCCUCACACAGCUGCGACUCAACCAGGUUCACUCGGUGGCGGGUCAGCAGCUGGCGGCGCUGAGCUGCCUCACCGCUCUCACGGGGCUGGGACUCACGGACGCGCUGUCGGGGCAGCUGGUGCAGGGGGGGCACCUGCGGGAUCUGGCAGCCGGACUGCCCCGCCUGCGCUGGCUGGAGCUGGGUCGCGUGACGUGCCCUCCUCUGCACCUGCUGCACGCGCCGCCUUUUCCUAAGCCACAGCCUCCGCAGCCUCAGCCGCUGCAGCCGCUGCACCCGCCUCCGGCUGAGCCAGUUCAGCCUGCGACCGAGGGGGAGGCCGCAGCUAUGCCGCACGAGGCGGCAACCCCAACCCCAGCUGCGACCGGCGCUACCCCCGCCUGUGUCCCAAUCGGCACCUCUACGGCAACAGCAGGGGCGGCAGCUGCGGCACCGUCUGAAUCCGCACAAUCGCUGGAAUGGGGCCCGGCGUUGAGCUUCUUCCAUAGCCUUACUUCGCUGCAUUUGCAGGUGGCCUGCUGCUUCGAGCUGCCCCUUCUGUACGGCAUUGCGUCCCUGCCGUACCUGAGGCGGCUCUCCCUGGAGCUUCUGGACUUGCCGCCGCAACACUUGACGGAAUUCCUGAUGGAGCUGCUCGCCAUGACAGCGACGGAUGCAGGGGCAGGGCCGGAGGCAGCAGCAGCGGCAGCAGCAGCGGCAGGGACUGAAUGCCGCGGUGGUGGCGCAACCAACAACAAUGACCCAACCGCUCAGCCCAACAACAGCCCUCGCCGGCCGCUGUCAGCAGAUGCCAAGCCAACAGCAGCCGUGCUGCUGCCCGCUCCACGCCACCCUCGGCACCCCCAUGGCGACUCAACACAACCAACAACAGACGAGUAUGACGAUGACGUCGACGAGGCGCUCCAGGACGACCAUGGCAAAGCGCUGGCGUCCCACGCUGGCGUAGCUCAGGCUGACACCCUCGGCCGCGGUCGUACACUCCGCAACCUGCUCCACAGCCUAAGCCUCACCGCCUGCAUGCUGUUUGAGGAGCACCUCUCACUGGUCGGGCAGCUGCACGGCCUCCGCAGCCUCAGCCUAGACCAGGUGGAGUUAAGGACGCGGGACCCUGAGGGCGGCUGGAGCUCGCUGGCCGGGCUGCGGCGGCUGCGGUCGUUUGCCUUCCGUGCGUGGAGCGACCCGCUGUUGCUGCUGUCGGCUACCAGCCUGUGUGGCAGCGUGCUGACGAGCGAUGGGCUGCAGAUGAUGGCUGCUAACUGGCCUGAGCUGAGGCAGCUGAGCUACAGUGGGAAGGUUGUGCUAACAGAGAAGGCCGAGGAGCACUUGCAGUACAUGCCUCAUCUGCAAACAGCGGACAUCACUGGUACGGAUGGUACGACAUGCCGUGCCUGGCGCAACAAGGACAGCGGGCGGUUGCUGACUUCCUUGAGCUGGCCGUACGAGGCUGCAGCUGCCGUACGACAGCACGGCAAGGUGUCCAGUCGCAAUGGAUACGUGACGUACAGCGACAGUAGCGAGUUGGCUAAUUCGGAGGGUUCUGAAGCGUCGGUGAACUGGAUGGGGGAGGUAGGGUACGUCACGAGCGAGUAUGACGCAGACUGAUGAUAAGGGGCUGGGUGGAACUCGACUUGGUUUACG